CUUUAGUCGCCUUACGCCUGUUGAAUGUAUUGCUAGUCAGUACGCUUCAACAGCAAAUUAUAAAUAGUGCUAAGUGUUUAAGUUACAUUAAAAACUAUUACGGACAGUUACAAUGAACCCUUCACCAGUUGGACCGAAGCCAACACCAUUGAUCUGCCCAUCUUGUAGGGCCAGCAUAGUAAGCAAGGUGGACCACAAGGCGACCACUAAGACACAUCUUAUAGCCUUCUUUUUAUGCUUAUUCCUAUGCUGGCCUUGUAUCUGCGUUCCGUAUUGUGUCGACUCUUGCCAAAAUGCUGACCACUAUUGUCCGAGCUGCAACGCCUAUCUUGGCACUUAUCAAGGAUAAUUUAUUAACAAUUUAUAUGUAAUUCAACACUUUCGAAAAUUAUUUUUGGAUAGUUAAUAUGUCAGAGGUGUGAUUAUUGAUUACAGCACAUUUUGUCGUAACAAAAAUAUAUUAUACUUAUCUAAACUGAGAUUAUAAAUGUAAAAAUAAUCCGUCUAUCUAUUUCAUCUCUUCACGACUAAAGCACUGAUACUAUAGCACGACCUGGGUAAUAUAUAUACAUAUGGUAUACAGGAAUUUCACAGGGAAUAGCGAAAAAUAUGAUAUGACUAAUAAUUAAGUAUAAGAAAAAACAAACACUGAUCUAUCUUUUGACAAAAUUCUUCGAAGAGCACUCACUGUAAAUGCACAAUUUGUAUCACCCACUGUCUUAAUAUUUGAUAUGGGAGAUUUUUUUAAAUUAUAUACGUUUCAAAUCUAUGUUUAGGUUUCGUCUUGCCAUCCUUCGACGUAUAUACCUCAAAUAUAGAUAUAGAUAUUUCAUUUUUCGUAAUAUAUACUUACCACACAUAAAACAUAUUUGGUAUGAGUUCUUGGUGAACAAUAUAUGGCUCGCAAGAGGUUGCUAUUGUUAAAUAAAACCUUUUACGUAUAUU